CGUUCUCUGCUGCGUAUGACGUUUCAACAUGGCGUCGCUCUGCAAGGUGAUGCACAACGUGAGCUCAAGAUCAGCUUUACUGCCAAAGCACUGCGUUUAUAUCACGCUCAGGCCAUUAUACAGCUCCGAUGCGAGCGGAGGAGAUGAUAAAUCACCCGAGAGAGUGAAGAGCGGGUUUGCUGCCGCAUAUGAGCUGCAUUCGGACCUGCAGCAGAGCGGCGAUCAGAGCGCAGCGGCGCGGAUGAACUCCAGAGACGAGACCUCCUUCGCAUCGCUCCUGCGGCACUCCGCGCUCAUGCAGAUGGGUCCGGCUAAAGACAAGAUCGUCAUCGGGAAAAUCUUUCAUAUCGUCAAUGACGAUCUGUAUAUCGAUUUUGGCGGAAAGUUCCACUGUGUGUGCAAGAGGCCCUCCACGGACGGGCAGAAGUACCAGCGGGGAAGCAGGGGGAGGCUGAGACUGGAAGAUAUAGAGUUGACCUCGCGGUUCCUGGGAGCGACCAUCGAUACGACGCUGCUGGAGGCGGACGCCACUCUGCUGAGACUCAGAGAGAGCAAAGAGACCAAGACAAAGGAGUAGCUACCAUUUGAGAACACGCAGACUGAACUGUAUGUGUGAACGAAUGGACUCUGUAUUGUGUAUGUAUGAGAUAUAACAUUUUAAAUUGCACCGCCACGGAUUUGGAUUCUUGGUUAUUUGUCUGUCUAUCUGUCUAUCAUACGUGUAUAAAUCUC